GUGCGCGCGCGCGUGAGCGAGCGAGCUGAGAGCGGUGGACGCGCGCACGUCGGCGUCUAUUUGUGCAUUUCUGUUCGGCGGAUGUCGGACGUUUAUAACUGGUAAAGCAGGAGUCGGUCAGUCGACCCUUGCGCCGGUGUGUGUGGAGAAAGCUUGCGGAGACAGCGGCAGCGCGGCGGUCAGCAGCUCCGUCACAGCAGUGUGAGUGUGUGUGUGAGUGUGCGCGUGUGUGUGUGAGAGAGAGAUGGUGAUGGAGAAGCCGAGCCCCCUGCUCGUAGGACGCGAGUUUGUGCGGCAGUACUACACACUUCUGAAUAAAGCACCUGAUUACCUGCACAGAUUUUACGGCAGGAACUCCUCGUAUGUUCAUGGAGGUCUGGACAGCAAUGGCAAGCCGGAGGAGGCAGUGUACGGACAGGCGGAAAUACACAAGAAGGUGAUGUCACUGCAGUUCAGCGAGUGUCACACGAAGAUCCGUCAUGUGGACGCUCACGCCACCCUUGGAGACGGGGUGGUGGUGCAGGUGAUGGGGGAGCUGUCCAACAGCGGGCGGCCCAUGAGGAGGUUCAUGCAGACCUUUGUGCUCGCACCCGAGGGCUCUGCUGUCAAUAAGUUCUAUGUGCACAAUGACAUCUUCCGCUAUGAGGAGGAGGUGUUCGGAGAUUCUGAAGCUGAACUGGGAGAGUCUGAAGAAGAGGAGGUGGAGGAGGAACCAGUGGAGACUCAUGCUUCUCCUGAACCAGCACAGGACCGGCCCAGCAGCACCACCUAUUAUGAGCCGCCGCCGCCCGUCAGUAAUGGAGUGGAGGAACAGCAGGAGGAGGCAGUCCCAGAGGUGGAGCCGGAGGUCCAGCCUGAGGCACUGGCCAGUCAGGAGCCAGAGGUGGAGCUUAGCACUGAGGCAGAGCUACAGGUGGCAGAAGCGGAGCCUGAGGAGGAGGAGAAACUGCCAGAGGAGGAGAGAGGCUCCACCCCAGGCCUUUCCCUGACUCCGCCCCCUCAGACCCCAGAACCGCCCAAGGCGUUCUCAUGGGCUCUGGUGACCAGUAAGAAUCUCCCUCCGGCUGGAGCUCUUCCCGCCUCUGGAAUCUCUCCUCAUGUGGUCAAAGCCUCCAGUGUUCAGCCGCGGGUGGAGCUCAAACAGGACGGUCCGUCGUCACUGUCCCGAGAUCAGCGGAGAGAGAGACCAGGGUUUACUCCUCGAGGAGCCAGAGCUGAUGGCGGCGCUUCAGAGGCUUCAGGUGGAAAGCCGUACAUCAGCUUUAAAGGUCGUGGUGACGGUGAUACCGGUGAUACGGAGAGCCGCAGGUCUUUUCGUUAUCCCGACAGUCAUCAGCUGUUUGUUGGAAAUCUUCCUCAUGACAUUGAUGAGAGCGAACUGAAGGACUUCUUCAUGACGUUUGGAAAUGUGGUGGAGAUGAGAAUCAACACCAAAGGCGUGGGAGGCAAACUGCCCAACUUUGGAUUUGUGGUGUUCGAUGAUUCUGAUCCCGUGCAGAGGAUUCUGGGAGCAAAGCCCAUCAUGUUUCGAGGUGAAGUGCGUCUGAAUGUGGAGGAGAAGAAGACCAGAGCGGCCCGUGAGCGUGAGACCAGAGGACCGCCAGACGCCCGCCGCGGGCCCAGAGGCAUUAUGGGUAACGGGAUGGGGCGUGAGCGAGACUCCCGCGGGCCACCGGCCUCCAGAGGAGGGAUGGGAGCAGGACGAGGCCAGAUCGGAGAGAGCCGCUUCACCGGCCCGCGCACACGCUAAUUGCAGAACACCUUUCUCUAUUCAGUCUUUAUGUUGUCGUUUUCUCUCCAUGUCUCUCUCUCUCUGGCUUUCGGACUGUGACCGGCCAUCAAAGACUCAACAGAAACUCGGCUUUGUAUUAUUCCCGUCAUGAUCUCGCCGUGAGCUUUUUUUUUUUUUUUUUUUU